CGGGGGCUCAUUGUGGACUGGCCGUUAUCCAAUGGUGCUGUCGUCCGGUGAUUCUGUACUCACCUCCGGUCGUUGUAGGAGAGCGGGGCCCAAGGUAGCAGUGCCCGGGGUGUCAGUGGCCUGUUUACAUCCGGGGACCUCCUCCAUUCACUCUGCUGUCUGUGCCUCUGUCUCCUCGGUAUUUGCAGCAACCAUGAGCUAUUCAGAGAAACCCGAGGAGAUCACUAAGGAUGAAUGGAUGGAAAAGCUGAACAACCUGCACAUCCAGAGGGCUGAUAUGAACAGACUGAUCAUGAACUACCUGGUAACCGAGGGCUUCAAGGAGGCGGCAGAAAAGUUUCGGAUGGAGUCUGGUAUUGAGCCUAGCGUAGACCUGGAGAGCCUAGAUGAAAGGAUUAAGAUCCGGGAAAUGAUUCUUAAAGGACAGAUCCAGGAAGCUAUUGCCCUGAUAAACUCCUUGCAUCCAGAGUUACUGGACACUCACCGUUACCUGUAUUUCCAUCUGCUGCAACAACAUCUCAUAGAGCUGAUUAGACAGAGGGAGACUGAAGCCGCCCUGGAGUUUGCCCAAACACAGCUAGCCGAGCAGGGGGAGGAGAGCCGAGAGUGUCUGACAGAAAUGGAGCGGACGCUGGCACUGUUGGCCUUCGACAACCCAGAAGAAUCUCCAUUUGGUGAUUUGCUGAACAUGAUGCAGCGACAGAAGGUAUGGAGUGAAGUCAACCAAGCUGUCUUAGACUACGAGAACCGAGAAUCCACACCCAAACUGGCAAAACUCCUUAAACUGCUCCUGUGGGCUCAGAAUGAGCUCGACCAGAAGAAAGUCAAAUACCCCAAGAUGGCUGACCUCAGUAAAGGCACAGUGGAAGACCCCAAGUAAAGCCUCUGCCAAAGGGGUGGGAUACCGAGAACGUGUGCGACCUCCUGCAUUACCAGUCUGUGACUGAGACAUUUUUUUUUCGUACCAGCAUUCAACCUGGAAACUUCCUUCACCGAGGCGGUUCCUCAUGGGGCACUGACCUGUACAGGAGACUAGGGUCUAUCCAUGCCAAGCACAGCCCCAUAGGGUUAAAAAUAAAUAAAUAUUGUCUAGUU